AUGGUUCUCCCCUGGUACCGACCCGCCCUCUCCCUGUGGCUGCAGAAACAGACGGCAGCCGAGAGGCGGAAGAUCGUCUGGGAGUGGCAGGAGCUGCGAGGGUUUCUGGAGGAGCAGGAGCAGUGGCUGCUGUCCCGGCUGGAAGAGCUCGAGAGAGCCAUUGCCCAGAGAAGGGAUGAGGGCGUCUGCAGCCUGUCCCGGGGGAUUUCCCUGCUCAGCGAGAGGGGAGGAGACGAGGGGCAGCGGCCACCGAGCCAACCCCUGCAGGCUGCCGGGAGCCCUGGGAGCAGGGAGGACGGGGCGUUUCCGAAGCUGGAGCUGGGGUUUGCGGAGCUGGAGAAGAGACUCUGCAAUUUCUCUCUGCAAAGCGCCCACCUGCAGGAGGUGCUGCUGGGAUUCAAAGAGACGCUGCGACUGGAGCUGGGGAGCGACACAGGCUGCCGAACGACAUCCGCCUUUCCCUCCGGAUGGGCCCAGCCUCCCAGGGGAUGGGGAAGGGAAUCGGCUGCCGGGGAGCUGGCUGAGGAUCCCUGGGGUGCAGCCUGGGACUUUGGGACCCCUGUGCCCCCUGAACUCUCCUGCCUGGGCGUCUCGCACAAUACUUUGCUAAUGACAAGCUGCAAACCCCUCCAGGUGCUGUUAUCACUCAGUGCAACCGCAUGUGGAGAUCUCUCACCCAGCUCUAUUGCAUGAAUGCUCCCAGAGCCACUCAUGAAUCACACAGAGAAAGGCACCCGCCAGAUCCCCGACUUGUACCGCAG